UGACUUGAGUUCGCCAUACUAUUUCCUUUUUCUUUUCGACAUUUGCCACUAUCACACUAAGGGAUAAAAAAUGGCCUCACCUGAUUUGAACUGGUUGAUCGUCCGCAACAACAACUCAUACUUGUUGAAAAAACGCGAGAUCAAGAAACCAUUCAGCACGGAAGCAAACAACCUUAAAAAUGUAAGCUCAUUCCGUUACAGUGGUUUGGUGCAAAAGAAAACCGUUGGUGUUGUUCCAGCUACCGACAAGAAAGGUUUCACAGUUGUCUUGAAGACCAAGAAGAACGAAAACAAACCAGCCAAGAACACAUACAAAAUUGCAUUCAACCAAGGUGCACGCAGUUCAUUGAAGAAGUUGCGAAACACUUUGGUCCACAACCACUACCGCAAUGACCUCAAACAGGCUGCUGUUCGCCGUGCUAGCGCUUUGUUGAGAUCACAACGGGCACCAAAACCCAAGAAGGCCGCCGCCAAGAAAGAAUAAACAUGAUUUCAAAGAAUGUCUCUUCUUUUUAAAAUCGAAAAUAUGAAAUAAAAAAACAACAACAGAAAUUCCAUCAUUUCUAA